AUGCCUUACGUUGCUCCGAAUGAGGGGCGGGCUAUCGAGGUUCUCGAUGGCCGCCGGAUCGUGGUCAAGUGUUCCCGCCCGGCCGUGCCCAUCCGUUCAACCUCUUCAGAGUCGCUCCCGCGAUCCAGAAAACACGGCCAAACAGCCAUGCUGCGUCAGGCCGUGGAACUCGCCCUCCACUACUUCAACGAAGGUGUUGAAGAGACGAUGCCGGAGCUGGUCAGCAGAGCUAGGCUCUGGGCCGACCGGUACUUCAAGGGGCUGGCCUACGCGAGGAAGUCCCCGCUUGGCCUUCUGAAGAUGUUCCCCAGCCUCUUCGAUCUCGAACUCAACCCAUGCGCUCGGCUCAGCAGAGCUGCUGCGCCAGCUCAAUAUUUCGAACCAGAGGGCGUCAGCCUACGCCUUGCGCGUAAGAUGGAGCUUCGGGCCAUGAACAGCGAACCAUUUCCUGAGUACGUCGAGCCCACACUUGCGACGGAAGAGGAGCUCGAUGAGAUUUUCAAUGCCCAAGCCCAACGGCCCCUUACUCAGCAAGCUGUGGGUGUCGAGGAGCUAUACCAGACAGGCUUGAUGGAUGUCCUUCCCGAGUUUCUCAGUCAGCUGGCGCGCAUCGAUCUUGAGGCCAAGUCGCUCCUAGAAAUCAACCCUCAACGGAGCCCUCAGCACGUGGUGGCUGCGCUUAUGGCCCAGCGCCAGUACUGCGAGUUCCAGACAUGCUCUGACGACGACGAGUACGCCACCGAGGCUUCCGAGAGCGUGUAUAGCCAGACAGUCAGCGAAACUUGCGACGACAAUGACGGCAACGAGAGCGAUGCUACAACCUCCACCAUGGCCAGCCUCCGCGCCCGCACCCUGAAGCGCAAGGCUGCUGCUGAGCCCGAUGACGUUGCCCGCCCGCCGAACAAGGUCCGGAUCCACGUCCCGAAGGUACCCUGCCAAACCAUCUAUUACUUCGACAUGAAGCGCGGCAAGCUGGUAUCACGCCCCAACCCGGCCGCGCAGACCCCUGACAACAACAGUGAUGAUCUGGCAGUUCGGCCGUCUUCGCCAAACCACAUCCCGCCUACCUCCUCGUCCCCAACUAGCUCUCCCGAGUCGAGCUUCCCAUCCUCGCCUCGCCAAACCCCUUCUCCUGAGUUCAACGGAUACCCCGACUGGCCCGCCAUCCCCCGCGAGGUCCCGCGCAAACGUGGCCGAGUCAUUAUUCGCAUCAAGCGCACGACUUCCGGUAGCUCUCGGGCUUCUACCAGGGAAUCUCCCCGCGGCGAGAAGAUCAUCACUUUUCACGUUGCCCGCCGACCGUGCUACUCUCAACCUACGUCCUCCCCGCCGUCUUCAGGCCCGAACACUGUUCUGUCGAGGGUCGCUUCUCCACCUGCUUUGUCCUACCCCCCGGUCCCUAGUCCGCCGAGGAUUGUCGUCAAGCCAAGGUCUCGGACUCCACCUAGGAUGGACAGCAUUAGUACUAUGACGGACGAGUUUAGCGACAGCGUUGGUGGUGUUAGUAUCGUUGUCAGCCGUCGUAAUAGUGAGUUCGAUAACUUUGAGAGGGAGCACUAUGCGGCCUUGACUGUGCCCGACCGUUCGGGGUCAGUGUCGUCCUCGGUUGCUUCAGCUCCUGAGCUUUCGUCGCAUGGUGAUGGCCGCUCUACGAAGAGGAGGUGUGUCCGGAUUAGGGUUGUGCAGCAUGGGGGCAUGAGACAAAAGGCUGCUUCGUCGCCGGCGGGAUUUUGA